CUUAAUCUCUUAUAUUUCUUGGCUCUUUUUUCCCUUUUGUACUCAGUCUCGCGUUGUGACCACAUUUGAGAUUAGUUAAAAAUCAUGCAAUCGUUCAAGUUUUAACUUGUCAAAAAUAAUGAACACUGAGGCAAUUUGUUUAGAUGUUGUAGUGAUAGACAUGGUAUAAUCAAAUUCCAUAUGCUUUAGACAAAUGUUUACAUUUUAAAAAGGAUAUUCGUAAGAGGUACAUUAAAAUAACACUCACUACUGUACUGAAACCUGUCCUGAUUUUUUUGUGUUGGUGUUUUGUUAAAUAACUUGCAUGUCAUAAAAUGAAUGUUUCUUAAUAAUAAAUAAAAUUGACUACAAAAUUUAAUGUUAUGACUAACUUUCUCUAAUGACUUUGCAGGUUUGGAACAUGCUGUUCAUUAAAGUGAGAUAUCAGGGCUCAAGAAAAUUUAUCAAAAUGCAGGAUGGAUUUACUUUCGCUGACUUCAUUAAUGAAGUCCACAGUCGGUUUGGCCUACCCGCCAGGACAGAUCUGUGUAUUUUUGAUGACACUGAUACUGAAAUUGACGAGGACAUUUUACAAAAUGUACUCAAGGCGAGACCUGAUAUGUUGCUCACAGCUAGAGGACAAAAUGAAGAAUUUUUGUCAUCAUAUGCAACAAGCAGCCCUUGCACUGACACAUUGUCACAAAGUCGUAGUCAUUCAUCAACUGAACUUGAUGAUCAAACCCCAGAACGUCCUUCCAAAAAAUCUAAGCCAUCAGAUGACUCCGCGGCUGAAGCAAAAAAGGUGGUCCUUUGUGCCCUUGAGAAGAACAGUGGAGGUGAUGCCAUCCUUGCUGAAUACAGUUCCAAAAAAACACUUUCAAGCGAAAUGAGACAACUCCUAGUCAACAUUUUAGUUGCUCAUAUGGUACAAAUGCAUGGGAGGAUUCCCACAAGAAACCAGAGAGAGCAGUAUGCUCUUGGUGUUGUGUCUCUCUUACCAUCGCUAAGAGAUCCAUUUUCAAAAAAAAAGGCUAUGAGCAUUUUUAUGAUUCAGACAGUGGGACUGGAUAUAUUGCUUGGCGGUUGAAAGCUGCAGAGGAACACCAACAAGAAAAGUGUUAGCUUUUCCAAGAAAGGUGAUGCUGAUGUCAGUGGACAUUUGCUGAACAGAUGUUCUAGCUCUGAGCAGCAGGAUGAGGAUUCUUUGAGAGAAGCUGUCGCAUUUCUCACACAAUCCACAGAUGAAGGACAGAUCUUGCUCAAAAUGAGGGAGACAUUUAAAUACAGACACGGGCUUGUUCACGAUCCAGACAAGACAGCAGAUAUUCUGAAGACCUUUCCUCGGUUUCUUAACAACAAAGGACUGGUGAAUCAAGACUUCUCACUGAUCUUCAAUACAGAGACAUCGUCAAAAUUGCUUGAAAGGUGGGAUACAGCUUUCAAGCCAAGAAUCAUCGAAGAAGCCAUGGGACUUAAUUCAACUUCUACUGUAUCCUCACUUCUUCUGUCAGCAAAACAUCAGAGAGACAGUGAGCAGUGUUCUGGUGAGAUGUUUACAAAUGGUCAGCUUGGCAGUAGUUUUGUAUUGUAGAUGGGACUUGUCUUUUUUUAAAGUCUGCCUGUUCCUUUAAACUUGGUAGCCUUCCAAGCAAAAUUGAUGCAUUCACAAAAGGUGUACAUGUCUUUUUUUCUUCAGGCUAACAGGUCACUGGGACUCAUUAACAUUACAUCGCAAAGAGUUUGGGCCAUUGUCUUUAUUUUCUUUUGCAGACCAUGAUGGUGAUGAAUUGUUGUCUUCUCUUAAAAUUCCUGUGCAGGAAAAUGUCUAUUGCACUAAUUGGGUUAAAAUUGAUGGCAUUGAGUACAGAGUUGGACUUCUUGUUUGCAAUAAUUUAAAACAUGAGCUUCAUGUAUUUUCCAAAAUAGCACAGAUUCUUGUAAUAGGUGAGUGUAUAGCUUUCAUAGUCAAUGAACUGGUCACAGAAUAUUUCAGUGAACACAAACAUGCUUUUGUUGUAAGUAAUGGUGAAUACAAGGAAACUGUUAUUCAACUCAAAAGUCUGCGAUUUUACAAGCCAUUUGAUAUGCAGUGUGCAUGUGGACCAGAAGAAAGCAUUUGUGUUACUUUCUCAUUGUCUGAAAAGCUUGGUUUGACCCUUGUUAAAUGAUUUUAAUAUCCAGAGUUUAACGUAAGCUGGUUUUAUUAAAAGAAUGUAUUGCAUUAUUUACAGAAAAUUUAACAUCUGCUGUGAUUUCCUGUAUCAAAUUUGAAUUUAAGAGGCAUCCAGUUUUAUAUUGUUCCAACUGUAAUGCUCUUGUGAUGUGUAAGUACAUUUUAUCCUAAAGUUUGUAAGUGAUAAUGCUCUGUAUUUCACGUCACAUUAUAAUGAUUUAAGAAUGUGAAAUAAAACUGAGAAG